CCCAAACUCUCGGUCGCAGGAGGAGAGAUGAUGUGGGGGAUGUAAGACACGGGGAUCGGCAGACAGCAGCUGGAUUCUCGGGCGAAAAUCACCCGCUCUGAUGGAGUGAAGACAGAAGAUUGAAGGCUGACCAGAAUCUGAGCUGGGAUGUCCCGACAGUGCUGAGGAGGUGAGGGGUAGAGAUUCUGCUAAUCUAGAGGAGGAGAGUGAGACACCAUGGGUGAUGGAGGGGCCUUGCACACAGAUGGCAAUGCUCUUCUAAAGGCGGUGUUCCAGGGAAAACUCCGCCUUGCCCGCCUCCUCCUGGAGGGUGGAGCCUAUAUCAAUGAAGGUAAUGAGAAAGGGGAGACGCCUAUUAUAGCGGCCUGUCUGGCGAGAUAUGACGAUAUGCAGACCCAGCAGAGAAUGGUUCGGUACCUGCUGGAAAAGCGGGCAGAUCCAAACAUCCCCGACAAAUCAGGUCGGACUGCCUUGAUGCAUGCGUGUGCAGAACAGGCAGGUAAAGAGGUGGUGUCACUUCUGUUGGAGAAUGGAGCUGAUCCCAGUUUAAAAGACUAUGGUGGGGCCUCUGCACUCGUACACGCCAUCAAUAAGGGCGACAGAGACACCCUCCAGGUCCUGCUGGAUGCCUGCAAAGCCAAAGGCAGAGAGGUGAUCAUUAUUACCACUGAUACAUCUCCCUCUGGCACUAAAAAGACAAAACAAUAUCUGAACUCCCCGCCGUCUCCAGGUGUGGUGGACAAAAUCUCACCUACUUGCAUGUCUCCGUCUGAGGUGGAGAUCCAUACCUCUGGCUUAGCUCCUAGUGAGGAGGAGACUAUCUUCAGCUUCGCUGUGAGUUCAGCACUCCCACUACCCUCCAGCAGACCACAGGGUGAGAGGAGACCGCCACCACGCAAGCUUUUGAAAAGACUAAACUCUGAGCCCUGGGGCCUGGUGGCUCCCUCUGUACUUGCUGAAAGAGCUGAGCGGAUGGAGGGGGAUUUAGCCGAGGAGGAUAAGUUGGUCUCUGAGAUGAAUGGGCUGUCAGUCACCGGUCCAGGCAGACCUCUUCUGUCCCGAAGGCACAGUAUAGAGACCCAUGACCCAUCCUCUCCAAAGCUGAUGGACCGGUCCUGUUCUGAGGACUGUGCAGCACUGUGUGGAUCAUCCUGGGCAGAUAAAGUCCAUCAACACCAGUCGCUGUAUCGAAGAAACACAGCCCCUGAGACCCAGGGGAAUGCAGCACAGGCAUCGGCGGGCAUUCGUGCACUGCCACACCCCAAACUCACCCGCAUGGAACACUAUGAGUCGGACACCCACCUAUGCCCUGGUUCCAUCCCUGGAUCUCCAGAUUCUGGGCGUGUUUCCGUGGAGCGCCGCAAGUACAAUGCCUCUCCUCUGUCUCUGCUCACUAGCUCUUCCCGAGAAUCUCUGGAAAGCAUUCCCAACUCUGUGUCUCCCAUCACGAUGAGGCGACGCCCGCCAGGGCUGUUGGAACGGCGGGGAUCAGGCACACUCCUCCUGGAUCACAUCUCCCACACGCGACCUGGGUUCCUCCCUCCUCUCAACGUCAACCCCCAGCGACCCAUUCCUGAUAUCCGUGCUAAUGGAAAACCCACUUCGCCCGUUCACUCUGGGAGCAAGAUCUUGCUGCCAGUCGCCCCUUCUUCCCCAAAACGCGGGCCAGAUUUCAAAAUGAAAAAGAAACUGAUGAGGAGACACUCAAUGCAGACGGAGCAGAUGAAGCAGCUUUCGACUUUCCGGGAAAUCCUAACGGAAAAGGUGAUGGAGAUGAAUGGCGACUGAGAGAAAGAGAAAAGGAGAGAGAGAGAGAGAGUUUGUGCUGGCCAAGAGGCCGUUUCAUCUACAUGUUCCUUGAGACACACCUGUUCUAGAUUUAUUUGGCUCCUUUAGAACAUGCAUUUUGAAAUUAAAAUCAUCUCCAAAUUCAGAUCAUGAAAAUGGGUCACUUUUAUUGAUGGAGCCAUUCUGAUAUUAUUUGGAUAAUUCCUUACAAUCCAUACAAAUCCAGAAUAUGUGAAGGAAAGAUGGACCCAUUUGUGUCAGUGGAAUCUAAUGCUGUUGAUGUUUGAAUCUGCUGCAAUUCUCAGACGAGACCUCACAGAUUCGGUGUUCUACAGGUUUCUCUGUGUAUUAGCGCUGUUAGAGCUUUCAGCUUCUUUACUGUUGUAGCUCUGUGAUGUAACAUCCUGUGGAAUAAUUGGGAGGUUUAAGGUACUGUGGUUUUUUUUAUUUUAUUUUUUUUAAUGAAAUAACAUGCAGAAAAUGUCCCUAUUACCUGUCAGAUAUCACUGAAAUAGGUGCCAUGAAAUAUCACACCUGUCUCUGAAACAGCCUUAGGCUCAGUAAACAGUGGGGGAAAAGUUGUCUGUGGGCCAUGGAGAGAUACUUUGUUUAGCUAAUCAAAAGACUUUUUGCCUGUCAAUCACUGCACAUGUUUACAGGGCAGCCCAUAUAUGCUUGAAUAAGUGCCGGUACGAUGUCUUGCUCCUGCGAAACGCAAAGGGUUGGAAGGAGAAAUGCUCAGGGGGACAAUCCUCCCUCCAUCUGCUCCAACACAAUGUCUCUAGUGUGUCUGUGUGUGUGCACGUGUCUAAGUGUGGAAUUUUGGAAAGAGGGGGCAUGUGGCUAAUUCAACAGCUGGUCUGGUGGAAGUUCCAGAAAGGCUAAAAUCGCUUGCAGCAUAUUUAAUACUUCUAGUUUUCCAUUCAUGUAAUCAUAUGGGAACACUAUACUGUAAAAAGGCACCGUCCUUCAGAUGAGACGUUAAACCGAGGUCUUGACUCUCUGUGGUCACUAAAAAUACCAGGGCACUUCUUGCAAAAGAGUAGGGGUGUAACCCCGGUGUCCUUGCCAAAUUCCCCCCAUUGGCCCUUAUCUAUCAUGGCCUCCUAAUAAUCCCCAUCUAUAAACUGGCUAUAUCACUCUACUCUCUCCUCUCCACCAACAGCUGGUGUGGUGAGCGUACUGGCGCACUAUGGCUGCCGUCGCAUCAUCCAGGUGGAUGCUGCACACUGGUGGUGGGUGAGGAGAGUCCCCUGUUCUGUAUGUAAAGCACUUUGAGUGUAGUGUCAGAAAAGCGCUAUGUAAAUAUAACAUUCAUUCAUUCAUUCAUUCAUUCAUGUGUAGUUCAGAGCUCAAAAGUUUAUUUCAGCCAAAAAUAACUCGUUAGUAACUGAUUAAAUCAGGUUAAAAUUUAAAGUUAAAAUGUAAUUAAUAAAAUGUAAAUGUAAUUUAAAAUCUAUUUAUAGUUGAUGAAAAUAAUAUUAUAGAAAUUUAAAUUUAAAAUGUAUUUUAUUUAUUUUGGGCUAAUAGUUAUACAUUUUAGUCCUUGCACGAACUUUAAUUUGUUAAUGGCAAGCUUCCUGAUUUUUUCACAGGAUGUGCCCUAGUGAGGAUUGGAGAUGGCUGACUGCUAGGUAUUCCUGUAACAAAUGAAGUUUUAAUUAACAUUUUAUUGCACAAUGAAUGUGCAGAAAAUGUUUAAACUAGAUAAAUUUGAAGAGUGUUUUACAGAAAUCAAUACGUGAUCUCUGAUUUGAUCGCAUCAUUAACAAAAAACUUUUAAAUGCUUUUAAUACAAAACAACAUUGUACCUGUUAAUUGUAAUUCAUGUUUCAGGGCUUUUGGAUGGGUGCCUAUCUUUCUUAAACCCUUAAAAACAAAACAAAGUGAAGUGCAAUUCCUGAAACUCAAAAUCCCAAAGACACUCUUUGAAACUCAUCCAAAACCCAUGCAGAUCCACCCUGACCCAUCUAAAGGGAGGGAAGAGAGAAACUCCUCUCAUAACGCACACUCCCUCUGGGGACACAGAGCACAGAUAUUGUGUACAUACUGUACAGAGUACAUUUGUGUCUCAUGUGUUUGAACGUGCAAUAUUAUGUGCUGCCACAGCACUGGUUUCAUAUAUAACUAUUAUUGUGAAUGUGAAUAAUCACUCGGACACAUGUCUGUGGAACAUGCUGCGGUAAAUAGUUUAGAUGAGCUGGGAGCUCAGUUUACAAUCUGAAUCUCUGCACAAAAUACAUGAAAAUGAAUUUCCCUUAAGAGCUGCAGUGCACAAUGUGUCCAUGUCAAACACACAGUUCAACUCAAGCUUAUGAUGUGAGUGAAUUUAAUGCUUCUUGAGAUGUUUUACAAUUGAUGUGAAUUGUACUUAGUGUACUUUAAAUGUAUCAUGAAAACAAAAAGAGGAAUAUUUUUUUAUGCCUGUAGGGUUUUAUUCUUGUUGUUUUUUAUUUUUAUUGAAAUGAAUUUUAAUGUUUAAUACUGAAUUGUUGGUGGUGCAAUUACACUUUGACAGUAGCGUGUGUGUUCUAGGAUGUUUGUAGGAGAUAAAGUAUGAACAGAACUGAGCAUAAGGAGCUCACUGACUACAGAAAGUUUUCUGAAAUCGCCUGCAAAACGAUUGUGAUAUAAACCAACAGUCUCCAGUUUAACUGACUGCCUAACAACCAGAUCUUUGAAAGGAGGACGUUAUCUGUGAUUAUAUCGGCACUUUGUUAUUCUGCAGUUAUUACAGGAGUUGGGCACUUUUGCUGUGAAUUCAUUGGUUUUAGUGAUUUUCCUAUCUUCUUUUAACAUACAGCGAGAUAAGUCAUGGGAGAUGGAUUUGUUUCUUAAUAUGUUUGUAUCUAAAUAUCUAAAAUAUUUAUUUCUAAGUAUCUAAGUUCACAUGACCUGCUGUACAAAACAUCAAUUUAAACUGAGCUGAAAUUGUGUUAAGGUAUACACACUUUACACAGAAGAGUCACAGUUACACUAUCAAUGCAUCAUUUAAUGAAUUGAGGAUUAACCUUUUCUUGUUAUUUUGUAUGUUUAGUGUAAUACACAGGUCAAAUGUAGUAAGCCAAAUAAUUUUAAAAAGUAUUAAAUUAUUUAAAAGUACACUUUGUGUUGGUAUAUUUUUGAUAAAUAGCAGGAGACUAAUAUUCUCUUCAUGAGCUUUCAUACUGAUAUGAGAUAUGGUUGUU